AAACAAUCGAUAGCGGUUAGAGGUAACACAAGCAUGGGAUCAGUGUACUCUGAUGAACGUAACUAGAAUUUCUUACUCAUGAGUUGCAUUUUUUCUGCCAUCACUCAAGGCCGUUGGGACAAGGAGGUAGGUUUGAUUUAGCGAAGUCAAUAUGGGAAAUUAUCUUACUUUCUAUGGGUGGAUAUUUUAUACCAAUAAACGCCAUGAAUAAAACUCUCUCACCUUGUUAAAACGUGCACAUGAAGAUUUGUAUUCAUAGUUUUAUUGCAAUAGGAUCCCCUUUGUUGUUUGAUUGGCUUAACAAUACACACAGUUAAUCGUGGAAAUCUACAAGAAAUAAAAUGCAAGGCUAUGCUUCUUAUACUGGAGGCCCAGUUGGGUUUGGUGAUCCUAACAGUAAGUAUAUUUCGAGUACAGAACGCAGCAACGUAAUUUCAAAAUUUGUACAAGAGAAACUUAUUAGUGAAUUAUGUGUAGAAGAGUGGAAAGAUUGGCGAAAGUGCAUACGUGGAAAACGAGGCGAGUGGUUCGGUACCUGGAAAUGCAAACCUAAAUAUCAGAUAUUUGAACAGUGUCAGAUGAGGUACCUUCUAGACCUAGAUGAACUCAAAAAAUUUGAAGAGGAAUACUUAAGUAUGCGAAGUGAAUAUCGGAAAACUGGUGUGGGUCGCGCUUUCAUGACGAAAGAACGAAUACAAGAACUAUGCGAGUUGUAAAUGCCCCCUUUUAUAACUGUAGCACACUCCAGUUCAUAAAUAUAUAUAUAACUAUGAUUAUGUGUAUUUAUCCAA